UAGUAGAAACCCGUCGAACUAGUCUCUCGUUUUGUACGGGGCACUGCGUUGAGAUUGCUGCUUGACCGACGAACGCGCGCCGGUUCUCCAAGCGCCCAACCAAACGUUACCCACUAAAGACCGCACACGUACUUAUAUUUUCCCGUUUAUUUAUUGAAUUAAUCAGAUAAUUAGGAUCUUUUGAAUUCUCGUGUGGUACGUGCAAUUAGUUAUUACAUCGUUGUGAAUGAUUUUUUUGUGAUUUUCUGUUGUGCAUCGGUUUAUUACCCCUGAGGACAGUCGGAGGGAUCAACUCCCGGAAUUUUUUCUCAAUUUGUUUUUGUGAUUUAUUGGGAACAAUCGAUGCUAGUCCCUUGGAGGAGCAUUGACUCGUGCUGUUGUGUCUCGUGACCAUUAUUCUGGAGUUUGUAUCAAGGAAAUCAUUACGUCAUGGCAGGAAUGCUACCACCUAAGGCAUCGUGAUGCCGAGCGAGAUUUACCCCAGGCUGCUGACAGUGUGCCUGGUGUUACUCAGUACUCUGGAAGGCAUCAAAUCAAGUGAACUGCACUCACCCCAACCGAAUGCCGAAUUAUGUCAGCACGGAUUGGAAUUCUGGUCAACAGAGAAAUCUGCCUGCACCCCCUGCACAAAAUGCGCUCCUGAAUUCACGGUAAGUCCCUGUGCGGUUCACAAAGAUGCGAUUUGUGGACCGCUGUCGGCACUAGAGUUGGACUGGUCGUUUUUGGGGAGCAGAAGAAAAUCCGACGUUAAUCAGCGAUUAGAUGUUACGGAGAAGAUGCUGUGGCGGGUUUCUGACGUCGAGGGACGACCGGAAACACUGAGAGCGAGCGAGAGUCGACGGGAAAUCGAGGAGGAGCUGAUUGCCUCCGGUCUGGAUGACGAGGAGGGCUUGAUCGAUCCUCAACAGUUGCAGAUAUCGCCGGAGGAGCCGAAGGAGAGGCGAUCGAGCAAUGACAACGAUCAAUUACCGUGGGACUGGCAGACUAGUGCUCUUGUGCUUGCUGUGUGUGCCUGCAUAGUAUUCUUUAUGGUUGCCGGAUGCUCGGCCCUUAUCUACGUCCGGCAAUGGCGACGGAUGAAGAGGAAUUUUGAGCCAGCUGGUCUUGAGGAGAUAUCAGCGAGGCUGAAUUUAAUGGUGAAGGCCGAGCUGGCCGAGCUCAGCGCAGGCGCCCCUAUGAACCCAGGGGAUCCUGAAACAAGGUGCCAAUAUCUGGAAAAACUUCUAGACCGGAAACGAGAGACUCCGGUGGUGGCUGGAUGGCCGGAAGCAGGGGGAAACCUGUACAUCGAAGAGGGAGAAACGCCGAGGAGUAAGCGGGCCCAGAUUGCCCGGAUUCAGCGCAACAUCGAGAGCAUUCUCAGUCACAAGACUACCCGGGAAUGAGCAAAUUUUUUCGCCAAAAACAUUUUCUCCUGAAUUUUGUAUUAUCAUAAACACAAUGUAUGCCAGACCAAUGUCUGUCGACAUCAGUCCAUCAGUGCAUCAGCUCCAUGAUUGAUGAAUUACCCGGAGGAGAAUGAUUCGCCUUCCGGCUCCCGUUGUCUCGAGUGAACGAGCAUCGAGACACGUGGAGCGACCGAAGGCGAUGCGCCACAAUCUUUUAAUGAUUAUUUAUUUUUUAUUAGAUUUUUAAUACCAAUUGUAAUAUAAAUCAUUGAAAUAUUGAAUUGACAAUAAAUGAAUACAGUCAACA